CUCCGUAAUUUCGUUAGUCACUUCUAGUUUGGCAUCGGAUGACGCGCUCUUUCGUUAAUCGGACACUCCGGUCAUCCCAAACCAAUUCAAUUUAAAUCAUAAUCACCGUCCGACAAACAUUUUAGAGUCAUUCAUUUUUUUUGUUGCGAUACUGAAAUUUUUUGUCCUCCUCGAAACGUCACCGCUUACAUAAAAAAUAUAAACUAAUUAUAAUCGUCUGUAAAAUAAUAAAUAAAUUACGCGUUGUUAUUGUAUUUUGAUUCGUCUGUUCACGAAGCUGCAACCGCCACUGUAUAUACAUCGUCGAGUACCGAUAAUACCUUACCGAUUUCAAUAAAAGUUAUACGGCCGUGUCGUUAAGUCACACAGUGCAUUCGCAUCAGUACCGCAGUCGCUGCCACUGCAUCAGAGCCAUCGCCACUACCGCGUGCCUGCACCCUUGCGGAGCAGCGUCGACGUUUUGCGACCCGGCGUGCAGUAACGGGCACCGCGAUUGAUCUGAAAGGUGUAGCGGGUGGUGAUCCGCACCACCCGCACAACAUUUUCCCCGCACUGUUCUCGAGACAGUUGAACUUCAACAACGGGUCACAUCAUCACGGUGGCACGGCACACUCGUCUUCGGGUAAACUCAUGAUGGACGAUUUGCGGCCAGGUCUUGGAGGUAUAUUGGGCUUGAUGGACCACGAUCACCAUCACCAUCACCUCCACCACCACCACCCGACCGCGGUGCACGCGGACAAACAACGUGCAUCGAAGGGGGCAAGUGACUCGUCUAAUGAACUCGGCUCGAUGUACGGACUGCCGGUUAACGCGGCCGGCGACUCAUCUCACCACAACACGCCGUCCCCAGGACGAGGAUCUCUAGCCGAACAGACUACAUCUGAAGGAGCGUUUAAAAAAUUGAAAACAGAACCUUUGACAUCUGUAGGUAGCAUAAGUGGAAGUCAUUCUGGACACACGCCUACUACGGCAACGUGCCCGACUCCAGCAAGACGAAGACACCGUACGACUUUUACCCAGGAACAACUGGCAGAGCUUGAAGCUGCUUUUGCCAAGUCUCAUUACCCUGAUAUCUAUUGCAGGGAGGAAUUAGCAAGAAGUACAAAACUCAAUGAAGCUAGAAUACAGGUAUGGUUUCAAAACCGAAGGGCCAAGUACAGAAAACAGGAAAAGCAAUUGCAAAAGGCUUUGGCCCCGCCCUCCAUGCUUCCCGGAUGUAACGGGGCCGCCAUGAUGAGAAACAUCUACCCUUCAGCGUCUAGAACGUACCAAGCUUACCCGCACCCGAAUAGCAUGAACAGAUACCAUCCGCAGAUGUCAUCUAGUUCUUACAUGUCUACUGCUGUGAUGAGUCAACCAUUUACAGUCACAAGUCAUCAUUCAAAUCCAACUGCUUCUUCUAAUCAGUCAUCUAUUACAACACCAGCAGGAAUGAUGCCAGAAGAAGAAUGGUACAAUAAAAGUUUAUCGGCAUUGCGGAUGAACUCCGGACAUCAUCCAAACCUCACCACACCAAUGUUACAAUACCAGACAUAGACCUGUGAUACUAGAUGCAUACUAUAAUUGUAUGCUAAUUGAAUUAUUUUAAAUAAUUAUUGUAUAACGGGCUGAAUCGUUCUUGUUUUUUGCGCCAUUUUUUCGUGUACUCCUAUAAACCUCAAUAGAAUAAUCUUCAAAGUCUUGAAACACGUUUUGCUGAUUUGUGUACAAAAAUACCGUAGAACUUACUUCAAUCUAUUUAUAAGUUAUUCAUAACAACGGGUGUACCUAUAUGUAAAUAUAUAAUAUAUAUUUUUUGUUUGGUUUGUUUUUUAUCACUUCUGAAAUUCUUUAAGAUUUAUUACUAUAGAUGUUUUUACGUUUUUUUUCGAUUUUUACGAUUGGAUUAAUAUUAUUGAACAUAAUCUACAAUUAUAACAUAAUUUAUAUUAAAUAGUAACUAUUGUAAACGGAAUUGUAAAUAUACACGUUUUAAUUAUGUAAUAACA